ACAAGCAGCGAUUCCGACGGGGAUUUUGUCUGGACGAAUUAGCGACGUUUAAAUUCUGUUGACGGACACCAGCAGCUUUGAGUAUUCCAUCCGGAUAGCGAUCCAGCAACAAAGUCAAAGAACAAGAACAGAAGAAGAACUAGAGACAAAAUGGCUAUUCGUCCCACUCAUCUCGCGGUUACGACCAAGGUCUACACUGAUAUCGCAGAGUCCAGACUGGCGACUAUUCACCUCUACCGCCGGUUUUUGAGAAAUGUCCCCUCAGUCAUCCGUCUGUACCAGGCCGAGGUCUCGCUCGCCAUGGGCAGAUCAAAGCUGCGACAGGAAUUCGAGCGCCAGCGAUACGUCACCAGCAUGCCCGUCAUCUCCGUCCUGAUCGCAAAGGGAAACAUGGAGUUCCAGGAAACCGUCAACUUCUGGAAGCAGAAGGCGCAGCUUAUGAAGUACUUUAGCCAAGAGGAGUUCCCCGAGCGCUACGUGCGCAAGAACUUUGUUGAUAAGUUCUUGGAGGUAUGCAUCUUCUUCUCAACUGUGACAAAAACCGCGAGAUUGAACAGUCUGCUAACUAAUCGUCUCCUUUAGGGAUCCGCUUAAACAAACAAA